AAACAUUGACUGUUCGUUUCGUAAUUUCAUUUCUCUCGCUCGAAGUUAUUCUCUUCGCAUCUGAUGGAGACUGAUUAGUGCAUUCUUUAUUAGGAAAUUUGUUUAACAAAGACAAAGUGAAUUCGUUAUUGCACAGCUGAAAACGUUUCUGCAGCGAAAAAUAAGAGUCUUGUUAGCUGUAGACAUAUCUAACCUAAAAUGUCCCUCACUAACCUAAAUACAGUAGAACAUUUCGCAAAUUUUAUUAGUUCACCAAACUUGGUGGUGCUGCAUUUCUCUGCAGAAUGGGCCGACCAGUGUGGUCAAGUCACAGAUGUGCUGCAAGAACUAGCCAAACUUCCGGACAUUAAGGCUACCGGUACUAACUUUGCUGUUUGCGAUGCAGAAAAUCUCUCUGAAAUCUCACUCAAGUACAAGGUUGAUUCGGUACCAACGGUAAUAUUAUUCAAAAAUGGAGAACAAGUAGACAGAAUUGAUGGAGCUGAUGCGGCGCAGAUUACUUCUAGAGUAAAGGCACAUAGUGUUGGGAAAGCUGCGCCUAUGAAUGACACCCCCAAACAGCCAUUAGAGGAGAGAUUGAAGUCCCUUAUUAAUAGACAUAAAGUUAUGGUUUUCAUAAAGGGCACUAGAGAUACCCCUAGAUGUGGCUUCACCAGGACCCUUAUUCAAAUUCUUAAUGGAACUGGUGUUCAGUAUGAUACAUUUGAUAUCUUAUCAGAUGAAGAAGUGCGCCAAGGGCUUAAAGAAUAUUCUGAUUGGCCCACAUAUCCUCAACUCUAUGUAAAAGGGGAAUUGAUUGGAGGACUAGACAUAAUUAAAGAAAUGCAAGCAAAUGGAGAACUGGAGUCUACUCUUAAUGCUUAAAUAAGUAGUGUUUAUGUUUUAUUUAUUGCAAUAAAGCUUUUGGAUCAAGAACAA